UCAUCGAGUUCCCCAUUCAGAAAUUGGCCUGUGGAACAAAAGAGGGUGAACUUGUUUGAACAAAAGGAGUUUCUCUUCCUCCAAGCCACGCCAGCCCCUGUGCCUUCAUAAGCGGCCGAGGCGGGCCCUCGUCUCCCUGGCAAAGACCAAUAGAUUUGGUACUUGGCAGAGCAGCGUGCUACUAAGCGCCAGGUGCCCGCCCGGGCAGGCAGGCUACCUGAGGACUAUCUGCUGUGCCCAUCGAGCCCCAGGCCAUACAGAAAUUGCCUGCAUGGUCCUCGCCAGCACCACCAUGCUGUCCUGUGUGUGGAAGCUCGGGCGCCCAGGCCCGGGACUCCGGUGGCCCCUGGCCUUGGCCGUGCUCAUCUUCUUCCUCUUGUACUUGUCCUUUCUGAAGGAACCCAGCACAAAGCCUUCCAGGUAUCAAUACCAACAGGACAUUAAAGAGAGGGCUCCGGAGUUUCUAGAAAAUGCCAUGGUACAGUCACCCACCAGACUCCGAGUACAGAUGGUACCAGUGGACAAUGCCACAGACACACAGCACAUGGCUGGAGACAGUGUGAGGACAGAGGCUGUCACAGCAUCCCCACAGAAAUGGGGCCCUGGGCCCAGCCCAGUGGAUACCACAGAAGCCAAGAGCCAGGAGAAAGAGAAAAGUAAGAAGGAUGCCCUGUCGCCACGAAGUCAGGACUUGGCCUCCAACAGAACAGAGGCUGCGCCACACAGGGGUCAGGACAUGGAGAUGGUCAAGGGGGACGGGGACCCCAGGCAACAGUCCACAACCUCCAGGCCAGGCCCAGUGAAGUCCCAGGGCAGACCAGGAACCACAGCCAAGAGACUCGCACCAGCAAGUCAGGGCAAACCAGCCGGUGUGGCCACUGCAGUGCCAGCCAAGACAGAAAAGAAUGGAAGGCCCAUGGCCGCUGUGGCCCCCAAGGAGAAGAAGGCCCCUGUGACCCCAGCCCCCAGCUCUUCCCGGGGCCCCAGCACCCAGAGAAGCCCAGAGCUGAAGGCUGCCAACUUCAAGUCCGAGCCUCAGUGGGAGUUUGAGGAAAAAUACAGUAUGGACGUGGGGGGUCUCAAGACGACCUGCCCUGACUCAAUUAAGGUGAAAGCUUCCAAGUCGCCAUGGCUGCAAAGUCUCUUCCUGCCCAACCUCACCCUCUUCCUGGACUCCCGGCACUUCAACCAGAGCGAGUGGGAGCGCUUGGAGCACUUCGGCCCGCCCUUUGGCUUCAUGGAGCUCAACCACUCCUUGGUGCAGAAAGUGGUGACUCGCUUCCCCCCAGUGCUCCAACAGCAGCUGCUCCUGGCCAACAAGCCCUCCGGGAGCGCCCCAUGCAUCACAUGUGCUGUGGUGGGCAAUGGGGGCAUCCUGAACAACUCGCGGAUGGGCCAGGAAAUUGACAGCCAUGACUACGUGUUCCGACUGAGUGGGGCUGUCAUCCAAGGCUACGAACAGGACGUGGGGACGCACACCUCAUUCUACGGCUUCACGGCCUUCUCCUUGACCCAAUCCCUCCUCAUCCUGGGCGGACGGGGUUUCCGGAACGUGCCUGUGGGGAAGGACAUCCGCUACCUGCACUUCCUGGAAGGCACACGGGACUUUGAAUGGCUGGAAGCUCUGCUGCAAAAUCGGACCCUGGACAGAAAGAACCUUUCCUGGUUCAGACGCAGGCCCCAGGAGGCUUUCAAGGGAGCCUUGCAACUGGACAAAUACCUGCUGCUGCACCCAGACUUUCUGCGGUACAUGAAGAACAGGUUCCUGAGGUCUAAGACCUUGGACACCGCCCACUGGAGAAUAUACCGCCCCACCACGGGGGCCCUGCUGCUGCUUACUGCCCUGCACCUCUGUGACAAGGUGAGUGCCUAUGGUUUCAUCACAGAGGGACACGAGCGCUUCUCCGAACACUACUAUGACAAGACCUGGAAGAAACUUGUUUUCUACAUAAACCACGACUUCAUGUUGGAGAGGGAGGUCUGGAAACGGCUCCACAAUGAAGGCAUCAUCCGGCUCUUCCAGCGCCCCGACAAGGUCAAAGCCAAGAGCUGAUGGGGGCCUGCAGCGGCCUCUCCCCUGUCCUCUGCCAGCCCAUGCCCCCGGGCAUGGCGGGGCAGCAGGCAGGGGGAGGAGCCUCGAGAGCCGAGUGCCCAUCUCCUCUGGACACUCCUGUGACUGACAGGAAUGGAAUGGCCGGGGAAGUUGUUGGAGCUUGUGUGGAGACCAGGGGGGUUUUACUACAUGGGAUGAAGCGGAGCCUGUGACCCGAAUGUCAGCUGUCUGGAAGCUCCAUAGCA